GCAAUUGAUAUCUUCGCAACACUUGCGACCCAACGGCAGCUUCACGCGGCUGCGGCGCCGACCUCGGCGCGGGAAAUGCUAAAAAUGCCGACGCGGCGAACUGCGCUGCCCGAGCCUGCCGAGCGGCCCAAACGCUUCUAUCAAUGUCUCGACACCGAGCGGCGCUGGGCUGGAGGCCGGGCGAGCAGCCCGGCGCGAGGCAGCUUCUGGAAAUUUGUCGAGCAUCACGCACGCACGCACGGACAGUUUUGAGGGCGGCACAUCCCUUCGCUUUGCUCCGGGAAUCGGAGAUUGCUCCGGGAAUCUGCAGAUUGCUCCGGGAAUCGGAGAUUGCUCCGGGAAUCUGCAGAUUGCUCCGGGAACAUAUCCCUUCGCUUUGCUCCGGGAAUCUGCAGAUUGCUCCGGGAAUUUGGAGGGGGGCGGGAGGUUGGGGUAGUUUGGACGGCUCUUGGGGAGGGUGGGGGGUGCAGGGGUGUGUGUGGGGGUGGGUUUGGGCAUUUCCUUGGCUGGCACGGGCUGCCGCCGGACGCCUGGGAGCGCUGUCGAUGGCCAGGCACGGAACGCAAGCAGCGGGGAGGGUGCGCGGUGUUGUGGGUCUCCUGUUCUGAGCGCGGGUGCCCACGGGGUGGAAGCGGGGAACGGGCGAACGUGUGUGCAAGUGCGGAAGUGCUUGGAAUGCGUCCCGAGCGACCUUAACGCGCUGCAAUAGAUAUCUUCGCAGCACUUGCGACCCAACGGCAGCUUCGUGCGGCCGCGGCGCAGACCUCGGCGCGGGAAAUGCUAAAAAUGCCGACUCGGCGAACUAUGCCGUCCGAGCCCGCUGACCGGCCCAAACGCUUCUAACAAUGUUACGACAUUUAUUGGUGCUGCGCUGGAGGCCGGGCGUGCAGCUGGGCGCGAGGCAGCUUCCCAAUUUCUGCUAAGCACCCCUCCCAAACUCGCUCUCCCGGCCGCCCGGCGCCCCGCUGAUGCGAUUGUAUAUCAGUACAUGAUAUGUUGAAUUCAUAUUAUGUACAUAUCGGCGCGAGCUCGCGCCGGAGUGCGCGCGGGACCGCUCGCGAAGUUUUUAUGCUCGCGAAACCGUCGCGACCUUUUUUCUCCGCGCGCGGCCGGCGCCGCGCCCCCAUUUUUGAUAUCGUGCAUAUCUAGUAUGCGAGUGCUACAACACUGCAUAUCACCGGCGGCCGCGCGGCCGCGGCGAGCGGAAGGGCAAGCGCUCUCGGGAUUGUGCCGUAUACGCACGCAGAGACGCACGCAGAGACGCACAGUUUUGGAGGCGACACAUUCCUCCGCAACAUGACGGGAUGCUGACGCAUCCCCCCGGAGCAAUUUGGAGGGGGGGCGGGGAGGUUGGAGCAGCUUGGACGGCGCUUGGGGAGGUGGGGGUGCAGGGGCGUGUGUGGGAGUGGGUUUGGGCAUUGCCUUGGCUGGCACGGGCUGCCGCCGGACGCCUGGGAGCGCUGUCGACGGCUAGGCACGGAACUCAGGCAGCGGGGAGGGCGUGCGGUGUUGUGGGUUUCCUGUUCUGUGCGUGGGUGCCCACGGGGUGGAAGCGGGGAACGGGCGAACGCGUGUGCAAGUGCGGAAGUGCUCGGAAUGCGCGCCGAGCGACCUUAACGCGCUGCAAUAGAUAUCUUCGCAGCAUUCGCGACCCAGCGGCAGCUUCGGACGGUCGCGGCGCGGACCUUGGCGCGGGAAAUGCUAAAAAUGCCGACUCGGCGAACUAUGCCGUCCAAGCCCGUCGAGUGUUCCAAACACCUCUAAUAAUGUUGCGACAUUGAUUGGUGCUGGGCUGGAGGCCGGCCAAGCAACCUGGCGCGAGGCAGCUUCUGGAGUUUGCCGAGCGUUACUCCUGAACUCGCUUUCCUGACCGCCCGGCGCCCUGCUGAUGCGAUUGUAUAUCAGUAACUUUUAUACAGAAUUCAUCAUAUGCACUGGCCGGCGCGGAAUCACGCCGCGAAGCGCACGGGGCAGCUCGGAAAAUUUAAAUUUCGUGAAACGAUCGCGAGCUCUUUUCUUCGCACGCGGCCGCCGCCGCGCCCCCGCUUUUUAAUGUACUGUCAUAUCUAUGUGCGAGUGUAACGGCGCUGCAUAUCACUGCCGGCCGCGCGGCUCCGGCGAGCGGAAGGGCGAGCGCAUUUUGCAUGGGAGUACGAGCGCACAGACAGACGCACGCAGUGAAAUUUUGAGGGCGACACAUCCCUCCGCAACAUGACGGGAUGCUGACGCAUCCCCCCGGAGCAAAUUGGAGGGGGGCGGGGAGGUUGGGGUAGCUUGGACGGCGCUUGGGGAGGGUGGGGGUGCAGGGGCGUGUGUGGGGUGGGUUUGGGCAUUUCCUUGGCUGGCACGGGCUGCCGCCGGACGCCUGGGAGCGCUGUCGAGGGCCAGGCACGGAACGCAAGCAGCGGGGAGGGCGCGCGGUGUUGUGGGUCCGCCGUUCUGAGCGCGGGUGCCCACGGGGUGGAAAGGUGGAAAGGGGAAGGCGUGUGCAGGCGCGGAAGUCCUCGGAGUGCGCGCCGAGUGACCUUAACGCGCUGUAACAGAUAUCUUCG